UUGGUGCCGAGGAGUUCGCACAUUAUCUGAUAACAACGGCCAAAUAACUCUGGACUUCAUUUUCACCGAUAUAUAUAGCAUCUGCCCCGACACAAUGUAACAUUUAACGAUAUAUAACCAUCAAGGGGGACAUUGCUGCGAUUGCGGGGCUGCGCUUUCUGGAGGAUUGACGACGCUUUUUGUAUGCCUAAUGGAAGAUCCUGAAAUGCUUUAUCGUGGACAUGCUAUGCCGUUGUGAUUUUUCUGGUUGAACCGGGCUUUCCUCUUCUUGGAUAUAUAUUUUGGAAUCUUCGUGAAGCGAUUUGUGAUUCUGCAGAAUCGAACACAGGAAUAAAACAAUCUCGGUCUACCUCGCCAUAUCGCUACCCGGGAUUUAAAUUAUCACGUGUUAUAACAACGGAACCAUAAAUAGUAGCCUACAUCAAAAUUAAUGUGGCGACCCAAUCUUUAGCGAAUACAAUCUGGAUUGCAGAAUGAGCAGGGAAAGACCCAAGAGGAAUAUCAUUCAAAAGAAAUUUGAUGAUAACGAUGGCAUCCCCUGGUCGGAGGAGCGCGUGGUGCGCAGGGUGCUCUACCUCUCCCUCAAGGAGUUCAAGAGAGAACAGAAGAGCAAAGUGCUGGGGAAGGACGGCCACGGCAAGGGGGGCAUUAACGGUGUUUUAGCAAAUGGCCACUUCAGUGGAUCGGGCUCCAGGUCGACAGCGUCCAAAGGGUUCACGGGCGGCUCCAAGGCGGACCGCUCCCGCCGCUUGGCCCCUGGUCACCAUGGAGCCAGCGAAUCCUCAGAGGAGGGGCCCGCCCGCAAGAGGCCCAGACUGCAGGCCCAGAGGAAGUUUGCCGUGUCCCAGCCCAACUCUCCCACCUCCACGCCGGUCAAGAUGGUGGAGGCCAUGACGACCAGCCCCGUCCCCCCCGUCAGUGACCUCUCCAAGCGCCGGCCCAAGACCGAGGACUUCCUCACCUUCCUCUGUUUACGAGGAUCCUCGGCGUUGCCCAGCAGCAUGGUCUACUUCGGCACGGCCCAGGAGGACGCCGACGUGGACGAGGACGAGGAGGAGGAGGAGACGGAGACGGAGGCGGCGGCCAGCGAGGCCUCCACGUCCUGCCAGUCCACGCCACGCAAACACAAGCCACCUGGCAAGCCCACCGCCAACGGCCACGUUCUCAGUGGCCAGGCCAAAGCGGCGGGCGUGAAGGAGGUGAGCCUGCGCUCCAGGGGGAAGGGGGAGACGCCGCAGGCGAGGGAGAGGAGCCAGAGGGAGCAGCAGCGCUCCGACCACGCCGCCCCGGCCCGCGCCUCCACCACCCACAACCUGAGGCCCAGCCGGGCAGUGCAGGAGCGGCCACUGCAGGUUUCUAGAAUGAAUGGAGCUGUGCGGGAAUCUUCCGCCAGCGCGCGGAAGGCCAAACCCCCCCUCCCCCCGCCUCCUCCUCCUCCGCCGCCGCCGCCGCCGACCAAAGCUGUGAAGUACCCCAAGGGCCACGUCACCUACACCAAAGCGAGGCUGCUCAAGGAGGCCAAGCUCAACCCGGGCGCCCGCACCAGCCAGCCGGCCGGCUCCCGUCCCAACAGCCACAGCCACGCCAGCAGCAGCAGCACCAGCCAGCCCCCCCACAAACCCAACUCAGGAAGAGCGCGACAGAGCAGCCAGGCCAAGACUGUCCGAGCGGUGCUACCCCCCAGGGCCGACGGCUGCUCGCGGCUCAACGGCAGGAGCGGCGGCAGGGGCGAGGCGGCGGCGGGCGCCGGGGAGACCCGCCGGGCGCCACGCCAGCCGCCCCCGCAGCGGCGCAACGGACUCAGGCAGUCGAAGAGGCAGCUGGAGGCGGCCGGGGGAGGAGGCGUCAGCCCCGCCAGGAGCAACCCCGAGGUCGGCGUCAAAAAGGUCAAAGUGCAGGCGGAGACGCGCUGCAAGAAGGCCGCCGACGCCGCUCAAACCGAGCCGCACGCGUCGGAGAAGGUGGCCGUAGAGACGGCUGCGGAGACGGCGACGUCCGGCGACGCCACCGCGGCGGCGGCAGGCGGUCAGCAGACGGCGGUCUCCCAGAGGCCCAAGCGGGUGUCGGCCGGGCGGCUGAUGUUCACGCGCCAGGCUCAGCCCAGGCCGCCUCCACCGCCGUUGCCGCCCCUCCAGCCGGCGCAGCCCAAGACCGCCCCGACGCCCCCGGCGCUACCGCCGCCCGCCGAGCCCCCGAAACCGGCCGAGCCCAAGGCGGCGCGGGAGAGGGAGCGGGGCAAGCGGGGCGCCGCCGGUGCGCUCGCCGGUACGGGGGCCACCUCGGGGCCGGGCCCGGGUCCGUUCGGGGCCGGCAUGACGGACGUGCCGGCGUUCGAGCCGUCGGCGCAGGAGUUCCAGGACCCGCUGGCGUUCGUGGCGCGGGUGCGCGAGCGGGCCGAGCCCUUCGGACUGUGCCGCAUGGUGCCGCCCGCCUGCUGGCGGCCCGAGUGCAAGCUGAAGGACGAGAUGCGCUUCGUCACGCAGGUGCAGCACGUGCACAAGCUCGGGCGCCGCUGGGGCCCCAACGUCCAGCGGCUGGCCUGCAUACGCAAACACCUCCGCACACAGGGCAUCUCCCUGGACGAGCCCCCCCUCAUCGGGGGCUGCGAGCUGGACCUCGCCCGCUUCUUCCAGCUCAUCAACGACAUGGGCGGCAUGCAGCAGGUGAGCGACCUGAAGAAGUGGAGCCGCCUGGCCGACCUGCUGGGCAUCCCCAAGUCGGCGCAGGACCGCCUGGCCAAGCUGCAGGAGGCCUACUGCCAGUACCUGCUCUCCUACGACUCGCUGCCCGCCGCCGAGCGCGCCCGCCUGGAGCGCGAGGUCCUCGCCGACAAGGAGCUGCUGGAGCGCCACAAGGGGCCCCUGGAGGGCCAGGCCGACCACUCCCAGCAGGCCCUGCUGCUGCUGCCGCGCAGCGAGCCCAAGAACGGCCUGCUCAACGGCGUGCUGCACCCCAACGGCGCCCACCACCACCACCACCACCACCAGGGCAGGCUGCGCGAGCUGCAGCUGGACGCGGGCGGGAAGGGCGGAGGUGGGGCGGGCGGAGGUGGAGGUGGCGGGGGCACCAGCAACGGCAGCGGUAGCCGGCGGAGGACGGCGUCGCAGGAGAAGAGAGCAGGAGCAGUAGGAGGAGGAGCAGGAGGAGGUGAAGAGGAGGAGACAGAGCAACAGGGUGGUGUACUGAGUGACCAACAUAAGUGCGUCUACAGGGGGAAGUCCAUGUCGCUCACAACGUUCUUCAGGACAGCAAGGAACACCAUGAACAUGUGCUUCAGCAAGGAACCGGACGCAGCGGAGGUGGAGGAGGAGUACUGGAGGAUUGUGGAGGAAAGGGAAAGCCAUGUUGCAGUGCAUUGUGGGAGGGUGGACACAAAGACACAUGGGAGCGGCUUCCCUAUGGGCAAGUCUGAGCCAUUUUCAAAGCAUGGAUGGAACCUCACUGUCCUUCCUAAUAACUCAGGAUCCAUCUUACGUCACCUUGGUGCUGUGUCUGGAGUGACCAUCCCCUGGCUGAACAUUGGCAUGGUCUUUUCUACCUCAUGCUGGUCUCGGGACCAGAACCGCCUUCCAUACAUAGAUUACCUACACACUGGUGCUGACUGUAUUUGGUACUGUAUUCCCGCUGAGGAGAAGACGAAACUUGACAAAGUAGUUCACACACUGCUGCAGGCCAAUGGAACUCCAGGACUGGAGAUGCUGGAGAAGAGCGUCAUGAUCUCCCCCGAGGUGCUGUGUCGAGAGGGUAUCCGAGUCCACCGCGCGGUCCAGAAGAGUGGCCAGUUCAUGGUCUGCUUCCCAGGGACCUUCGUGGCCAAGGUGUGCUGCGGGUACAGCGUGUCGGAGACGGUGCACUUUGCCACCCCCCAGUGGAUGACGCUGGGCCAUGAGGCUGCUAAGGAACUGAAGCGUCGCCAGAUGGAGGAGCCGUUCUCCACGGAGAGGCUGCUUUACAAGAUGGGCAUGUUCGAGUCCAGACGGGAGAACAAACUUUUGCAGAGUACAAUCUCCUCACUUCUCAGAGAUCUCAGGGACACAGAGAUUAGCCAACGGCAGGAUUUGUUCAAGGCCGGCCUGCGCUCGUCGGCGCGCUACCGGACGCUGGACAGCAGCCAGCCCCCCGCCGAGGGCCGGAAGAAGCCGAGCGCGCGGCUGGCCGAGGACACCUCGGACCGGCGCUGCCAGACCUGCCAGCACCUGUGCUACCUGUCCAUGGUGGUCCAGGAGAGUGAUAACGUGGUGUUCUGUCUGGAGUGCACGCUGCACCUGGUCCAGAAGCGACGCUCCUCCAGGGGUCUGAAGAUGAUGUACCGCUACGACGAGGAGCAGAUGAACAGCCUGCUGAGCCGCGUGAGUGGGCGGGUGCAGGAGAGGAGCAGCGAGAGGCGGAGGGCGGAGCCCCAGGCCCAGGCCACGCCCCCGUGCCCAACACCAGCACAGCGCAGCCCCCGCGCCGCCAGGAGCGCCACCCAGACCCCCAAACACACCGCCAGCCCUCAGAUGUGACACCACCCCACUACACACACACACACACACACCUCAAUCACCUGAUACACUCCACCUUUCAACUUUCUGAAAAACAAUCCCCCACUCUCCUACACACACACACACACACAUGCACACACACACACACACACACACACACACAACACCAACCCUCAGCAUUAACACACACAUACACAAAUACCUUCCCGACAGAGAUGGAGGACCUCUUCCCUGAAAGCACGAAAAAUCUUUUUGCACUAGUCCUGAGGUCAACUGUUUCUCUUUUUUAUCGUUAUUUUAUAUGAGUUUGUUGUUUUUUUUUUUUUUUUUUAGAUCUGAGUAUUUUCUGGUUGUUUUAGCAUUACGUUGAAUAUAGAUCUAUACGUAAAUACCAAUAUAUCUAUCGAAUUACCUUCUGUUUUGUGCUCAAAUGGUGCUGUAGUUUCACUCUCUUCCACACUAGGCCUGCCUGCUCUCCUCCUCUAGACGCCCCCUGCAGGUCAUCCCCCGCAGUGAAAAAAAAAAAAAUCAGUCAGGAAGUGCAGACUGAGGCUACUUACUACAAAGAAGUUACACAGCAGUUUUAAAUAUAAGCUAUUUUGUAAAUCAGAAAGUCAAAUUAUUAUUAUAAAAGAGACACCUUCCCGCUGGCACGAAAGUCAGCAAAAUUAGAAAAUGCCGUGAAAACGCUCAGUUUCACACCUAUGAAUAAGGUUUCUAAGAAAUGAAGCCAUUAAUUUUUAAGCUUUAUUAUAAAUACUAGAAUACUACUUUAUUUCAGUUGUAAGAAAUAAUAACCCCAACCCCCCCAACCCCUUUUGACAUUAUGUCAUACAAAUUAGAUUUUACCAAAAAAAAUAAAAAAUAAUACCCACACAGAUGCUAAAAUUGCCCUUGUUACACUUGUGCUAAGCCGAUACCUUAUCAUUUUGUGCUCUAAACUCAAGCUGAGGGGGAGCAAGGCGGGUCAUUCGAGGCGAAUCGACGAUGAAGACGAGGGGUAUUAGCCUUACUCACCCUUUUGGAACCUUCAUCUGCCUCGGCGAGUCCCCCACAGGGUCACGCUUGUAACAUAUAUAAAUAAGUGCUGCUUAAAUCAUGAAGUAUGGCAUAGUGGUGGUCCCUAAUUUUUUAGCUUUAAUUUUAUAAUAAAAGGGAAAUGUUAAAAUAAUAAUAAUAAUAAUAAUAAUAAUAAUUAUAAUAAUAACAAUAAUAAUAAUAUAGGUACAGUAGUAGCUCCUGUUGUUGCACUGGCACCCGAUUCUUUAAUCCCAACAUUAUCGUUGCUUCCCUAAAAAUGACUGAACUGUAUUAGAGAUAAUCAAUGAACACAGAGUUUAGUGUUUUCCAGAGUUGUGGUUGUCUAGUUUUUGUUUGUUUUUUAAGGCCUUACAGUGUUUUAUGAUGGGGUUUUUUUUCUUUUUUUUUACAGUAAAUCUUGCUUGUCUUACAUUUUAUUUAUAAGCACUGAAUUUUCAGCUCUCCUAUCAAAAGUUAUGUUAUUACAGUUUUUUCACUUUGCAGGUUUGUACUUCUAAGUUUGAA